UCUUUGUUUAAACCUCGAUCAGAGCGAAAGUGCUGUCCAGCGUCCUGUGUGACAAAACGCCAGUUUAAAUUUCAACCAUUGUGAAGGAAUAGAAAAAAACGCCAUCAAUAUGGAAUAGGCUUUUGUGUCGUCGUUGACGCAGUGCUCAAGUGCCACCUAGAAAAAGAACCCAUCGAAGUGCUUCCGAUCUUCCGGAAAGGCAUUCGUUUGGAGGAAAUUAGCGAAAUAGUGAUGCAAUAGUAGGCGACACUCCGAAGAAGUAACGCCUUCUAGAUUGGAAGCUAGAUCCGUAAUCCGUGUUUUUAAGUUAAUAAUGUCCUAGCGUUGAGCGUGAGUUUUCAUCGUCUUUCGUCGACAGUGUGCAAUCGGGAAGUGAAUGUGAAAUCAAUCCGUUUUUUCAAUAAUUGUGAUCCUUUUGUGUACAAAAAAGAAGCCAUUUUUAAAACAAAAAUCGCAAUCUUAGGAAGGGACAGAGAGCAAAGCUACCCCAGCGACAAGAGUUUCUAUCUACUAGUCGGUCGGUUUUUUCAAACAGCAUCAGUAAACAGAAGAAGAGCCGAACGCAAACGCGAAUCGCUUGGAAAAAGACUGCUAAAUCGAUCCCCGAAAAGCCAGCAAUAAAAGAGUGCAUCAGAGAAGUGUGAGGAGCCGAAGUGAAGAGAGUGACGCGAGAGCCGACGAAUGAUGAUGAUGGUCAACCGGAGGUGAAAGUUGAGAAACACAUCCAACAAACAUCUGUGAUAUAUGUGUAGAUAUUAUUUUAAUUUAUUUUACAAAAAUAUAUAAUAUACAACACACAUCGCAACCACCGCCACACCAUCUUCGUGAGGACGAACAACAACUCGCCUCCACGAAAAAUCAUCAGAGUUCAAAUUAUCGUAACUUUACAUACACAAAAAAGCGAAAAGUACGGAGAACGACUCAUAACUUGAUUCCAAAGAUAUUUUCCUACUAGCUGUUAUUUGUAACAACAAACCCGUUGCCAUCUCUAAACAAAGUAAGCUGAAAACACCAUACCCGAGGAAAAGAAAAAAAGCUCAUCAUCCUAGGAGCCCGUGCAAAAAAAAAACAGCCCAUUGUGUGACCUGCGUUUUAACGGUCAUAUCGGUUCGGUCGACGAACGGAACGAAACGCCGAAGCCAGGGGAAAACAUAACUCGGAAAAUCUCGCCCCCAAACCACGACUGGUGGUGACAAACAAACACAGUCGGUUGUUUUGUUACUGCACCAAAGUACAAAACUGGGCCCAUAAUCGGUAGUAGUAAUGUCAAUAUACAGCUUUACCAGCUGAACAGGGUAUGAAACAACACACGAAGGAAAGCUGUUCGUCGUACAUCAGCUGAGUGUACAGUUAGUACAAUUACAAACGCCACUGUAGAGAGUGUGUGUGCACUCCAGACCUACUACGCACACUCGUGCACAUUCCAUGACGUACUAGAUCCAUCGGAACCCCGAGCUCUGCGAAACCUCACUGGGCCCGUCAUUGUAGAAUCUAAUAUCGAAUCGAAUAGUUCUUUGUUACUGAUAUUGGGGUGGUGAAACAAAAGUGAGAGCCACAAUCACGGAAGCAUCCGGGUACUAGGCCAGCCCUCAGUAUGUCUGUCCCUGUACGCUGCUAUUCUGUCGAUACUAUGAACAAUACCAUCGACCAGCAACAGCACGUCGGCAUCGGCUGUGGUGGCAACGCCCGUAUGGAUGACGACGAGCCGAUGAUGCUGCGCAAGGUUCAUGUAUCAGAGGAGAUGCAACAUAAUCAGCGGAUGUUGUUAGAGGGCCGGCUUGGGACACCGGAUGCUGCUGAUGCAGUUCUUAUGGAGUCGCAGGAGGGCGCUCAGGCCACCGGCAACGGCUACGGCCUGACGACCGGAGCGACCACCAGCAAUGGCAGCCACCUCGCCGGAGGUGGCCCACAGGACUUGGCCGGAGCCAAGUCGCUAUCCCCACAGAAACAGUCUCAUUCGACGUCGCCCCUGCAUCAGCAGCCCCAAGCCCCACAGCAGCCAGCCAUGUCGUUCGAGCAGAUGAUGGCCAAGCUGAGCGAACUGCUCGCCUUGGAGCCCAAGUACCAGCCGAACCUCUACCUGCCACAGCAGUCAUGCAAUGGCGAGAUCACCAUCGGAACCCGGGACGGGGCAGCGCACGUGCUGCGUUGCCUCAAGGUCUGGUACGAACUGCCGAACGACGUCCUGUUCGCGGCCAUUAACUUGGUCGACCGCUUCCUGACCAAGAUGAAGGUCCGUCCGAAGCACAUGGCCUGCAUCUCGGUCAGCUCCUUCCACCUGGCGGUGCAGCAGUUGAACCUGCCGCAGAUUGACACCGAAGAUUUGGUCGCUAUUUCACAGUGCCGUUGCACGUCACGUGAUCUAGUGCGUAUGGCGGACAUUGUUGCCAACAAGCUCGGUGUCCAGAUGAACAGCGCCCCGGUGACGGCCCUCUCGUUCAUCCGGCUGUUCUACUACAUCUUCGAGAACGCCGCGAACGCCCUCGGGCUGACGGACAUCUUCGCGUCUGCCGUCUCGCUGGCCGACCUGGAAAUGCGUCUGGAGAUUCUGGCCUGCGAUGCCAGCUGUGCCAGCAUCCGCCCCUCGGAGCUGGCCCUGGUCAUGAUCUUCACCCAGAUGGAUGCCCACGUCAGUGCGAACAAGGAACACGGGCUGUACAACCAGCAGAUCCACGAUCUGGUGGACUACGCCAUCCAGCUGCAAAAGUUCUGUCGGAUCCCCGACAGCAGCUUCUUCUACAGUCACAGUAUUGUCGCCAAGAUCCUGUCGCAGUACAACGGCCAGCACAAGAUGCCGUACAAGCAGCGGCUCGUCUGGAAGUUGUCGUCCCGCACGAUGAAGGUGCUGCGCCCGACCGACAAGCUCACCUCCUACCUGCCCACCAUCGCGGAACAUCACGCUCACAACAGUCACGUUAACAAUAGUAACCUUAGAUUUAGAACCGGCAGCGUCAGCUCGGAAGAUGACGGCGAAGAUUGGCCCACUUCACCCAUUGUUGCAGUUUGUGAACAGUUUGACGAGUAAAACGAUCCCCAGUCUUUCGCGUACACAUAUAGACAGAGACGCUCUCGCGACGAGAUCGCGAGUUAUUCGUUUCGGAGUGAUCGUUCGAUCGUUAAUUAGUGAGUGUUGUCGUCGUCGUCGAACGAAAUCUAGCAAAAAAACACAUAGAGGAAGAAAACCGGAAUUAUUUGGAUAGCUACUACAAGUUUAGGAAAAUUAUUUUUUUGGUUUUUUCAAACCCAACAAGUAACACAACACAAAUCGUGACUAGAAAAGUGUUAUAAAUUGAGCGUUGAUUAAAGGAAGCGAUUCCCCCCGCGGACGGGUCGGUGAAACAGAAAACAGAAAAAACUGUGUGCACGGUGUUUCUUUUCUGAAAGAAGACAUUCUUUUCGGGAGAAGCGAAAUACCGGCGGAGAGGUGGACUCUUGGUGGCGGAUAAUCGGAAGUCCGAUCGAGUGAGAGUGUGAAGAAGACUUAACGGAGAAGAAGUGGAGGCGAAUUGCGAAGCAGCGGAGAUUCGCACGUUUCAGUGGUCUGGUGUGGUGUGGAUUCUACUGAGAGCGUGGAAAGUCAUCACUAUCAGUCGGAUAGUACAGUGUGGUGUGUCAAGUAUUCUGCAAUCCCUAUCUGGUCAACAAACAAGAACGUGCUGCAGAGGCGGAGGCAGAAUAAACGGAACUUGCAGGAAAGAUCCGUGUGUGUAUGCUGGAUUCUCAACGGAGAAUCACUAACAUUACAUCAAUCAACAACAAAACAAAACAUCAAAAAAAUCUACGUUUAACUACAUAAACACGCACCCUGGUGAAGACAGAGCGGAAACGUCGGUGACGCAGUAGGCACUGGAGGUUUGACAGUGCGAGAGAGGAACGAACGGACCAAAACCAUCGUGACAGCAGUUCUUCGGAUCACACGUCGAGGCCUUCCCCGGAAACCGGCCGUCAUCGCACGUCGCUUGUCGACGCGAGAGUGUUCGCUAGUAAGCAUUAUAUUAUACUUUUUUGAUUUUAACUAGAUCUAAUUAAAUACACACAUUUAAUUAAUCUAAGGAAAAGUUAAAGCAAAAUCCACAAAGAAAAAAAUUCAACAAAAUUCUUGAAAAAUCCCAUACUAAAAAGAACAAAACAGAAAGAAAAAGCAUAAAAGAAAAUCAAAAAAAGUACAAAAUAUACAAAAGGUAAAAAAAUCUAGGACAUAGGUGUUUAAAGAAAACGUAAAAAUCAACCUAAGCAGAAGCAGGCGAACAUCCAGGAAAAGAACGAGAAUUAUUCGAGAAGGUUUAACAACAACAAAGAAAACUAGCGGACUUGACAUUGAAAACAGAAAAUCUCACACAAAGAAGUUGAAAAUCGUGACAGCAAAACAGCAAAACAGUUUAUCACAAAAAAGCCAGUACUGAUUGUGUUAUUAGAUAUUUUACGCAAUAAAGCAUACAAAACAAACCUUAUAAUAAUAAAACAGAGAACGAACAGUUGUAAAGCUUGUGUAAUUUUUGUAGUGGAAUUUCUCUCAUUUCUUCUUGCAAAGCAAAACGUUAAUUCACUUCUAGAUUCCAAACGUGUAAUAAAUCAAGUAAACAGAUAAGUUUCCUCUAAUCAAGCGCAAAGAAACAAUACAAGCACGUUGCGACCGGAGCUUCAAAUCCGGAAGUAACGAAGAAAAAUAUCAAGUUAUAUUAUCUAACACAAAAAAACACUGAAAAAAGGUAAAAAUUCAAGCCAAAAAAAGCAAGUCAUUUCAAUCUGUGUAGUAGUGAAAAUUGUCUAAUCGCUUUCUAUUAAACGAAACAAAAAAGAAAUCGAAACACACAGCUAUAAACGCAGUUGAAAAAAUACAUAAACAAAAGAAAAAAUAGUAGAGAAUUAAACUACAAAAAAUAGUUAAUCAAGUCAGAUUCAAACCGAAAAGGGAAAAAAAGCAGAAUUCAAAGCUUAAAAGGCCACAGCGCGCGUUUGUGUUUUUGACGUCGUUGUUGUAGUAGUAGUAGAAGCAACUGUGAGAUAGGAGUCCAGACCCCAAGUCGUCGCAUUAUCAAAAAAAAAAGAACAAAACGAAACAGGAAAAUCUCUUUUUCCGCGUCCUCCACUUAAUCGCAGGGGAGAGAAACCCACGAACCGAACAAAUGGCGAUGAACGUCGUACUGAUCGUGGUCUUCGCGGUAGCGACGACUUCCUCCGGUGGAAGUCGCCCUUCGCGAGGAAACAGCCGAAAGAAGAAAACUUCGUAACGAAGGCGGGGAUGGGGUGGUUGGGUUUCCGAUUGGAAACGUUUCGAAGGCGCAGCUCACCGUGGCAUCGAUGGACCGAUGGACCGCUCCGGAAGCAAAACCUCUGUUCUAUCAUUUUUUUAUUUCACUGUUGUCUGAUCUCGAAUACUUUCGGCGCGCGUUCGAGUCGGUUCAAGCCUCGUGUGAGCGGUUCGGAUACCCAAACAUCUCAUCCCCACCAGUUCGUGAAAAAUUAACAUAAAAUACCUUUAGUAAAAUGAAGAAACAAUGAAACAAAUCUUGUCUCUGAAAGUAUAAAAAAAGAUGAAAAAAUUAAAAAGCAAACUGAAGAAUAUAGUAUUUUAACUAUUAAAUAUUAAUUUAUAAAGCAAAGUUAUUGUGAUUCGAUUUAUUUAAAACGUAAAACCCGUCUCAUAGGCAAAACGCGGGCGGUACGGAGCAAACUUUACACAAGAGAAAGCGAUUGCUAAAAAAGAAACAAAAGAAUCAGAAAAGGAUAUCUUUUUUGUGUAAGUCUGUUAUUUUUUUAGAAAAAAGCAAAACAAGGCAAACACUAUUAUACAUAAACAUUUGUGUACCUUCCUUUCUCCCAUUUUUUGUAAAUUAUUUUCCUGUUUUUAAACAAAUUAUUUAUUUAUGAAACAAAGAAAAGAAAGUGAAAAAAACAAGUGCAAACAAACUGAGAGAGACACUCACUAACUUAUAGAGCAAAGUGACUACCAGUCAGCGCAGAGCGAAAUCUAAAAGAAAAAAAGAGAGAGAUAUAGAAGAAAGCAACUGAGCAUAAACCGAAAAAGAGAUUUUUAUCCACCUAAUUCCAUCGCGCGUGUGUUAGUUUUGUUUUCUAAACUAAGAGAAAACUCAUCCAAACCGAGCAAGCAGAUUAGAAGAGGUAGAAGCACUUCAUAAUUCUCGUUCGCAUAGUUUUUAUUUUUUGUCGUAAAUCGUGUAAUCGUACUUCCAAAAAAUACAAAUCUUUUUUAUACAUAAUAUGUGUACGUAUAUUUUCCUUACUCCUCCCGUACUCCCCUUCUCAUUCCCCCUCUUGUGUUCGUUUUAACCUCGCACUUUUCCACACGGCGAAACCAAUCCGUCUUCACUGGUUUGGGGCGGAAGUUCCGUGUGCGCAGAAUCGGUGCGCUAAUCUCUAUUGCGUUUUUUUACGUCGACAUCCCCCAACCACCCCUCGACAUCCUCCCCCACCAUCGUAAUUAAUAUAUACAAUUGUUUAGAAUUAGUUGAUAAGAAGCAACAAACUGAACGCAGAGAAGUAGGAGAG